AUGCAACCGGGCCGCCCAUUCAUACCUAUACACGGCAAGAUAAUCAAAAUGGCCGCCAUUGACACCACCGUCGCCGCCCUUGCCAAGCGCAACUGGGCCGAGGACAACAAGGGUCCCACCGCCGUCUUCGUCAUGGUCGGUCUCGUUGCCGUCGGCCUUUUGGGUCUCUGGCUCACCAAGGCCUUUGGCAAGAGAAAGGCUGCCAGAGCCGCCGCUGCCUCGCGCGUAUAA